AUACCAAAUGGAAAUGAUGAUGGAACUAGAUGAACUCCCUGAACAAUUCCCUCAUCAGCUUCCUUUCCAAGAUCUAUCUGAUCACACAUCACCACUUUUGGAGUUCUCAGGUGGAAGUUCCACCACAAACCACCACACACCACCACAAUUAUCACACCACCUUCUUUAUCGCAACCCUCCGCCUACCAUCAUGCCGUCCCAACAUGUAAGGGCGUUACGUGGUGGGAGUUGGUUUCAUCAACAGAAGCCGGAUUCAGUGGAGGCCAUGAGGGAGAUGAUUUUCAGGAUGGCGGCUUUGCAGCCGGUGCAAAUAGACCCGGAAUCAAUAAAGCCACCAAAGAGACGGAACGUGAAGAUAUCAAAAGACCCACAAAGCGUAGCGGCUAGGCAUAGGAGGGAGAGGAUAAGCGAGAGGAUUCGGAUAUUGCAAAGAUUAGUACCUGGUGGUACAAAGAUGGAUACUGCGUCUAUGUUGGAUGAAGCUGCCCAUUAUAUGAAAUUCUUGAAGAAACAAGUCCAAUCACUGGAACAAGCAGCCGCGGCAUCAUCAUCAUCAGCCGGUGGUAGUAGUGGUGUACCAAUUAAAACAUCAACUCCAAAUAUUGGCUGUUGCACUAGUACUACUACUACAACAACUAGUAACAAUCAUGCUAAUUUGACAUCAGUUAGAGCAUGUGGUCAGCCUGCUGCUAAUGAUCAAGCUUCUCAUUAUAUGUUAGGUUCUAUGGAGUUGCUUAGGUGAUGAUGAAUUGAUCAGGAAUUAAGGAUAUAUAUAUGGCCGGUACGUAUAGUAGUUUAGUAAUUUGUGAUGGCAUGAUUAAUUAAUUAAUUAUAUAUUAUGUUUGUAAAAACCUUGUGGUCGAGCUAUA